AUACACUACUUGCAUAGAUGAUCGCAAACAACUAUGACCAAUAAUGCACUUGGUUUUGUUAAUAUAGGUAAAAUAUCAUUCACUUGGUUUGGGCCUUAUCCUAGAGUGAUCCUUAAGGAUCCUGAACUGGUAAGGGAAGUUCUGUCCAACAAGUUUGGUCACUUUGAGAAGCCAAACAUAAAUCCCCUGGGGAAGUUACUGGCCAGAGGAGUUGCAGAUUAUGAAGGCGAAAAAUGGGCCAAACACAGGAGAAUUAUUAACCCUGCUUUUCAUCUGGAGAAAUUGAAGCACAUGUUACCAACUUUUGCUACCUGUUGUGAUGAACUGAUCAACAGAUGGGAUAACCAUGUUGGUUCCCAAGCAUAUUGUGAAUUGGAUGUUUGGCCUGAAUUCCAAAAUUUUACCGGCGAUGUCAUUUCCCGUGUAGCUUUUGGUAGCAGCUUUAAAGAAGGACAACGGAUAUUUCAGCUCCAAGGAGAGCAAAUGGAGCUUCUCGUUCAGGCUGCACAAAAUAUAUACAUCCCUGGUUACAGGUUUCUGCCCACCAAGAAGAAUAACCGUAUGUAUGAAAUUGAUAGAGAGAUUCGGGCUCUUUUGAGUAGAAUGAUUGAGCAGAGAGAAAGGGCAAUGAGAAAGUCAGGAGCUACCAAUGAUGACUUGCUAGGGUUGCUGAUAGAAUCAAAUCUUAGAUACUCUCAAGAGCAAGGAGGCUCCAAGAAUACUGGGAUGACCAAGGAUGAUGUGAUCGAGGAAUGCAAGUUGUUCUAUUUUGCUGGGCAUGAGACAACGUCGGUUUUGCUGACCUGGACGGUGGUUGUCCUAGGCAUGCAUCCUAGCUGGCAGGCGCGUGCAAGAGAAGAGGUUCUACAGGUCUAUGGGAAAAAUAAGCCAGACUAUGAUGGCUUGAGUCAAUUAAGGAUUGUGACUAUGAUUUUGUAUGAAGUUCUUAGAUUAUAUCCACCAGCAAUUUUCCUC